AUGGCUACUGCUACCUCGGCUGCCUUGCUCCGGUUUGAUCUUUCUAGCCCAUUGCCAUUGCCUGCAUCGCUACUUCUGGUUCUGUUGAUCGCAAUGGGACUCAUUUCGUGGGCGCGCCCCGGUGGACGUAUAUCGUUCUUCCACGCAAAAGAGAACAAUCUUGUCCUCACCAAACAAACCGGCAAGACUGGCGCCAAGGAACAGACCACAUUAGCGGAGCUCUGCCGUGCAGCUACACCAGCACGAUGUGAUCUCAAUCCAUUUCUUUUCAACGGCCAUUUGCAGACUUGCUGGACGGCAGUAAAGUUUGACAAGGUGCCUGUCUACUACAAGCGUCGCAUCUUUGAGGCCGACAGCGCCAAGUAUCAGGGGCAGUUUGCCGUCGAUUUCGUGGUGGAUCCAUAUGAAGCGCCCACGAACCCCCAAGCAACUGACGAGGAGAGAAAGUAUACUCUUCCCUCGGGACUGCCGGAGCGGACGGCGAUGCUCUCAGAGGAUGAAUUCGCCGCUUUGCCCUCAGACGACAGCAAGCCUAUGCUUGUCGUCCUCCACGGUCUGAGUGGUGGUUCGCAUGAACUUUACCUGCGCCAUGUACUUUAUCCUCUCAUAGUUGACCGAGAGUGGGAAGCUUGUGUUGUCAACUCUAGAGGCUGUGCACAAACCAAAAUCUCUACCGGUGUACUGUACAAUGCCCGGGCUACUUGGGAUGUUCGUCAAGCUGUAAAGUGGCUGCGAGCGGCUUUCCCGAACCGACCUCUAUAUGGCAUCGGUUUCUCUCUGGGUGCGAAUAUCCUUACCAACUAUCUGGGCGAAGAGGGAGACGCCUGCCAGCUUAAAGCGGCUGUAAUCUGUGCGAGCCCUUGGAAUCUAGAGAUUAGUUCAGUAGCUUUGCAAAGCACCUAUAUGGGUCUGGAAGUGUAUAGCAAAGUGAUGGGAUCCAGCAUGAAAAAGCUUUUUGAGCAGCACGCCGAUGAGGUUAUCAAGAACCCCAAAGUCAAUGCGGAAGAAGUCAGAAGCAUUACUUACUUGCACGAAUUCGACAGGGCCUUGCAAUGUGCUUUAUGGGGGUAUCCGACAGAAGGUGCCUACUAUCGUGACGCUACCUCUACCGAUUCGCUCUUCGGGAUCCGAAUCCCUUUCUUCGUGGUGCAGGCUGAGGAUGAUCCGAUUGCCAACGUCAAAGCACUACCCUUUCAAGAGAUCGGCCAAACACCUUAUGGAGUUAUGAUGACAACAUCGUGGGGUGGCCAUCUUGGCUGGUUCGAGUUUGGGGGUGACCGGUGGUUUGUCAAGCCGGUGACCAACUUUCUGAACAUGAUGGCCAAGGAGGUUGAUUCUGAAGUCCCUCCGGUGGUUGAAAAGCCGGAACUUGUGCAUGGAAAGUCUCCUACACGUCAAAAGCCCAGUGGUACUGAAUCCAGGGCGGCGGAUUUCAGCCCGAUGCGGCGCAAACUUGCGUUGCCCAUCAUAGAAUAA